CACACACACACACAGUCACACACUCGGCCCUCAGAAUGACACAGCUCUGAUCGGAGGGAGGUGAUCUCUGAAAUUGCUCAGUGAGCACCCCUAAUUUCCCUGAUUUACGUAUCGCUGUCAAUCACACCCAAUGGAAUCCAAUCAGAAAGCAGGCGAGGACGGACUGGCGGGGACGCAGAAGGAGGCCGCACUGCGGGCACUAAUGCAACGCACAGGAUACCAACUGCAGCAGGAGAACGGCCAGCGGCGGUACGGUGGACCACCGCCCGGCUGGGACGGACCGCCACCAGAGAGAGGCAGCGAGAUCUUUGUGGGGAAACUACCGAGAGAUCUGUUUGAAGACGAACUGGUUCCACUGUGUGAGAAGUUUGGUACGAUCUACGAGGUGAGGAUGAUGAUGGACUUUAGUGGGAACAACAGAGGUUACGCCUUCGUCACCUUUGGCACCAAACAGGAAGCCAAAACAGCCAUGAAGCAGCUCAACAACUACGAGAUCAGAAACGGCCGCCUCCUCGGAGUUUGUGCCAGCGUCGACAACUGCCGCCUGUUUGUGGGCGGGAUUCCCAAAACCAAGAAGCGCGAGGAGAUCCUGUCCGAGAUGAGGAAGGUCACCGAUGGGGUGGUGGACGUCAUCGUGUACCCCAGCGCCGCCGACAAGUCCAAGAACCGAGGCUUUGCCUUCGUCGAGUACGAGAGCCACCGAGCGGCCGCCAUGGCCCGCCGAAAACUGCUGCCAGGUCGUAUUCAGCUGUGGGGUCACGCCAUCGCCGUGGACUGGGCGGAGCCUGAGGUGGAGGUGGACGAGGAUACCAUGGCAACCGUCAAGAUCCUGUACGUCAGGAACCUGAUGCUGCAGACCACCGAGGAGACCAUCGAGAAGGAGUUCAACAGCCUCAAACCAGGUUCAGUGGAGCGUGUGAAGAAGAUCAGAGACUACGCCUUUGUCCAUUUCACUCAGAGAGAGGACGCCAUCAAUGCCAUGAACACCCUCAACGGCAAGUUGGUGGACGGCUCUCCCAUCGAGGUGACGCUUGCCAAGCCGGUGGACAAGGACAGCUACGUCCGUUACACCAGAGGGACGGGAGGACGUGGAGCAUCUCUGCUCCAGACCGACUACGCCGCCUACACUCUGGGACAGGUGUAUGACCCCUCAGCGGCGUACCUCGGUCCACCCGUCUUUUACGCCCCCCAGGCCUACACCGCCAUACCAAGUCAGUUCCGCUUCCCGGCGACCAAAGCUCACGUUGGAGGUCGAGGUCUUAUCAGGACGCCGUCUGUCAGAGAAAUUUACAUGACUGUACCUGUAGGGGCUGCGGGGGUGCGGGGGCUGGGCGGGCGGGGCUACCUGGCCUACACCGCCGGGCUCGGAGUCAUGGGUGGAGCCGGCGGCGCCUCCUAUGGCCUGAAGGCGGACAAGCAGGCGGAGGAGAAGCUGUACGACCUGCUGCCAGGCAUGGAGCUCACCCCCAUGAACCCGGCCGCCAUGAGCCUGAAGGCCGCCGCCAUCAAACCUGCAACACAGGUUCUGCAGGAGUUGUGUCAGAAGAAUAACUGGGGUCAGCCCGUCUAUCAGCUCCACUCUGCCAUCGGUCCGGACCAGAGACAACUCUUCCUCUACAAGAUCACCAUACCAGCUCUGGCUACCCAGUACCCCAAUGUACAUCCCUUCACGCCUGGUAAGCUGUGUGCGGCCGUAGAAGAAGCUAAAGUUCAUGCGGCAGAGCACACUCUGCAGACGCUCGGCCUGCAGACGGAGGGCGCCGCCGACGCCGGCUGUGCUACUGCCGCCGCCGUGGCCUCGGUAGCCUUCCCAGGUUACGCUCUGGCAAGCCCAGCGGCGUCAGCGGUGGCAUCCCAGCUGAAGCAGGCUGUGUCUCUGGGUCAGGACUUGACGGCUUACACCACCUACGAGGGAUACCCGGCCUUCGCUGUGGCGACACGUCACUCUGACGGAUACGGCGUUUUCUAAAGGAGUAAAGUCUCUCACAGCCAGAGACGCGUUCACACUAAACUGCUUUAUUCUGCCAUUUAAAAUCAGUUUAACGUUUUCAGAAACAGACUGGACUCGUUCCUUUCCGUUCGUCAGCUUCAUCAGGACACAGAAACUAAAGCAGAAUAGUGGGAAUGCACCUUUAAGCUGCCGGUUUUACACGAAGACAAAUCCUCCGUGCACACUGUUCGGGACUUGCCAGUUGCCUAGUAACAAAUUUCUCGCCCGUUAAAUCUUUUGCUUUCUUCAUGUUAUUCGUCUAUGAAUUAGACUAAUAUUCAAAUCUGUGAUUAUUCUGUGAUUGACUAAGUGGCUGACAGGCGGCCUGUGAUUGGCGGUUUGAACUCUUUUGAUCAGUACAUGUUUUUUUAGCAGUUUUAGUUUGUUUGCAUGUUUCUAGUAGUAUGUUUACAGUAUUCAAAAACUCAAUCAGCUGCAUAGAUUUAGUUAUUUUAUGCUUUGUUGUAACCUGCGUUAUUUCCUCUAAGAUAACUGGGAUUUGUAGUUCUUUUCAAAUGACUUUCAAUUGGAAACUACCUUUUGACCCUUUCAGCGUUUUCCCUGUCUGAAAAUAGUGUAGAAAUGCAACUCAAAUGGAAGCCCUGUUUUAGUCACUGAGGCACUCUUGACUUUGCGGUUCUACAAACUGUGAAUAUGUAGUUUUUAGAUUGUGGUGUCCUGAGCUUCUUCGCCCUCAUCUUUAACAUUUGAGUACAUGCCGUCCUGUGUGAGGUGCUCAAUGCGCAAGGAAAGACAGAAGCUUUUUUAGGACUUAAGAAUGAAACAGAUGAAUUAUAACCAGCGUUUAAAGAAACUCCUGAAUGUAAACUCAGAACAGGAACAUCAGCUUCAGGUCGCCACUGUUCUUCAGGGAGUUUCUCUUCUUGAUAUUUCUGCAUGUUUAAGUAUUUUCACUUGGUGUGACGUUUGUUCUACUUCUACCUUACGAAAGAUCAGCUGUGAGCCUAAAACUUCUCUACAGAUCGACAAACGAGAACAUUCAACCUCCAGAUUUUCUUCAUAGUUGUUGUUCUUUAUGUCUACCGCCGAUAUUAUAAAAACUAUCUCUUACUCCAACAAAAAGUUAGUUUAUUUUUCAUGCAUUCUCCUUUGAAUGUCCAGCAAAACGAGUGAUCAGAGCAUCUGUGGAACCUCUGCAGAGUUCAGGUUGAAAUAAGUACAUAAGUUAUGUGAUAAAUAAAUCAACGUUUACUUCUGGUUUCUCUUGGGACACUUACAGCAGCCUCCUUUGUGUAACACUGAGGUUUUUAGACCCACCUGACCUCUUUCCUACGCAGACUUUCUUGUUCUUUUUCAACGUCACCUGUCCUGGUUUACGAUUACGUGGGUAAUACAUCAAUUGUAGAGAUUUACUUUUGUUUAUUACAGCAAGGAGCAGUGUAUUAAGGCAGCCUGCUGUCUUCAAUAUCUUCACUUUAUGUCAGAUCUUAUUAGACUGAUCUCACAGAAAUACGUGAAAUGACCACGACCUCUUAACAGCACAUUAACUUUGUGGUCAUGGACACACGAUUCAAACGCUCAGAGUUAGAGACGUGGCAUAAAGAGUGAGGAAGACUUCUGAUGGACGAAGUCAAACCAACACAGGACCUUCCACCUGGAGACCGGUGUUCGUGUCUCAGAGUGUUGUAGAGUUAGAGACAUGUUUAUGUAUUCUUCUUAUUUCAAGCCCGACCAUGAUGUUCUUUCUAAACCUGACUCGUUGAUUAUACGUUAAAUUGUUUCCAUGCCACAUCACAUGACUCACUGUAAAGAUGUUGUGGUCAUUUAACAUGUUUCUGUGAGAUCAUAUUGAUCUUAGUUAUGUUUUAUAAACCUAAAGCAUCCAAUGAGGAAAGAGAUGUUAUUACUGUGGUCACAAAUAAGAGAAUCACUCUGAGCCAAUCAAAAUUCUGUUUAGUUUCCUCAUGCAAUCUCUCUACAGUUUGGUCAGCAGUGUUUUUCUUCCAGUGAAAGAUGAGUUGUGUUGUAGUUAAGACAAUGGGACAUUGUCACCAUGGUAACCGAUGACGACAGAUCCUUCAGUCCAACAUGAUAUCUGUUUCUUUAUGAGUUUUACGACGCGCGACAACAUCCGAGCUGUGAACACGCUGAAGCAGAGACAGUAUUAAAGUGUGUGAAGCACUUAGAACUUAUUUUUAUACCAGGAAUAAAUAUCCAGACGCUAUUUGUAUAGAGUUAUUGUGCAUUCUCUAAUGUGAAAGUGAAUCAACACUAAUCGGUGAUGAACAGAGAGAAUUGUGUGUAUUCUGGUGGGGUAUCAUAUGAUAAAAGGAAUCUGCUUUGAUGAAUUGUGAUGUUCCAUGCUCCGUAAUCUUUCCAAAAUAAAGAAACUAACAGCAAUCUGAAGAA